AUAAACACAUGAGGACAGCAGGAGGAAGCAUCACAUUAUUCUAGUCACUGUGAAGGAAGUUAUAAUGUGGACGCUUCUGUUUCUUCACCACACAGACGGUGAUCGGUGUCCUCAGACAUGGUUCUCACAAACUGUUAAAAAAAUAAAAAGGAAGGAAGUUGACAACUUUGUACAUUGUAUGCGUACAAAGUUCCCUAUUUAUAAAUUGAAAUAUAAGCGUCUAAUAAAUAAGCAUGGGACUGUAUGAAGGGGGGAAGGGGACAGAAAACAGCAUUGAUGCCUGCGCCCGGGUAUCUCAACAACAAUGACGUUUAUCCGGAACAAUGAUUAUAAAAACAAUCAAACAAAGAGGAAGCUGGCUAAAAUGUUGUUUAAAAAUGUGAAAGGAGAUCCGUUAGGAUUUUCCCUUCUGUAAUAUAUUAUUGACCCAGCCUUUACACACUCUCCUGCAACAACACACCCAUCACGCAGUCUGAAAUGUGUUUGUACUGUGAUCACUCAACAUCCCUUCACUUACUGACAAGGAAGAGAAAAGUUGAAGAUAAAGUGGUGAUGAUUGAGAAGUUGAGUAAGUCUGUUUAAUGAGUUACUGUGAACUAAAGAUGUAUCAGUCAUAACAGUCUGGACCAAUUUCAAAGUAAAAUACAGCUCCAAAAUGUAAUGUAAUUGUUUCCUGAUGGUAAAAUGUGUCGUCUCCAUUUAAAGGGCUAACGUCAUAAGCCUGGCAAGUAGCUCCUGAAAAGAAAAGGUUAAUAAGAAUUUCUGAACGGCCCACCACACCUGGACCAAAGCAAAGCUAACGCAGGGUUUGUCACAGUGUCAUGCCUUUCAUUGUGUUUUCUUAAGAUCUAAUAUCACAUGUCAUUUUAGGAAGUGCGUCAAUAGUAAGAUGCUGGGAAAUGAGGUGGAGUUUCCAGAAGCUACUCUGCGCAGGAUAUAAGGGCUUGGAAGUGCAGAGCCAGAGAGAGGAGGAUACUGAAAAGCAGACAGUCCCUACAUUAUAAAUAUUGGAAGCAGAAGGCAUCAGCAGUGAAACUGUCUUAACAGAGAUGACUACAUUUGCGGCCAAACAGCAGGAGAUCUACAACCAGCGUGGCUUCCUCUCCGCGCUGCCUGUGCUGAAUGAGACUGAACUGAGUGAGGCCAGGCAUGCCUUUUCAGAGCUGGAGGAGGAACUUGGUGAAGAGUACACCCAGUACAGCCUCCACAAUGUUCACCUUCAGUAUUCAUGGGUGAGGGGUCUGACCAACCACCCUCAAAUCAUGCAAGUGGUCAAAGCCAUCCUGGGCCCUGACGUCAUCCUGCUGGACUCCCGCUUCAUCUGUAAAUACCCAAUACUGAAACCUGACAUCCAGGAGAAUGAAGAAGGGGAAAACAAACCUGGACUUCCAUUUGUGGCCUGGCAUCAGGACAUGAGGUAUUGGGGUAUCGCUGGUGGACCUGUUCUCUCUGUGUGGCUCGCUUUAGAUGACUCAAUGCAAGAGAACGGCGCCCUUCAGGUUAUCCCAGGUAGCCACUGCGCUGGCUUGUUGCCACAUCGCCAAGCCACCUGCCCUGGAAACAUGCUGUCAGUGAAUCAGGAGAUCCCAAAGGAGCUGGUGCAGGCUGAUGAAGCUGUGUUGUGCCCUCUGUUAGCUGGGCAGAUGUCUAUUCAUGAUGGAUUCCUCGUCCAUGCCAGUGAGCCCAACACAUCCCAGAAGAGGCGCUGUGGGUGUGUGAUCCGUUAUGUUCCCACCUGUGCAUAUCCGAUACAGGAUCCUGAUCGUCCAAGGACAUUUGCUGCGACACUGUUGGCCUGUGGAAUGGAUCAGUUCAAUAAUUUCUCCAACAAAACCACAUGAAUACUUCCUUGAUUCUUCCUACAUGCACGAACAGUUACUUGUUCACUUUACAGGAAUAUUUACUUGGACCAAAUUUCUAUUCUAUGUUUAUGAAUAAUAUCAUUUAUCAAAGAAAUGGCAGAUCUCUAUGGUAGAUUGUACUAGAUUGCACAGUAUAUAAAUGUCUUAACUGUGAAUAGAUAUAAAUAGAAUAAAUACCCUUACACUGGUCAGUCAUUGAACCUCAGUUCCACCUAGUAAAAACCUUGAGGACUUCAUUACUAAAGGUCAAUCAAUGAAGUAUUGAAAUGUUAUCCAAAGCGGAGAUAUAUGUUUUGUUAUUAGGAUUUGGUAAUACAUUUUUUUGUAAAGUCAAAAUCCAAUACUUCAGUCAUUUAGAAACAAAGCUUGUUUCAGUGUGAAAUCUGUAAAAAAAAAAAACCUACCUAUCCAAUACUUUACUUUUUGUGAAGUGUAUUCCUGAUUGUCAUGAAUUCAGACUCGACUCAAUAAAUGUGUUGUUUCUUACCCAAA